GCAAACUCCGUCCGGCUGCGUAAUUGCAAAGUGGGUUUAAAGCUCGUGCGCUUUUACGCUCAACUUUGGGCCACUUCGGGAAGGACUUCGCUGGUUGACAUCGGGGCAGGAGGAGCAUCGAUGGCGCCCCCGGAGCUGUACCACAAAGAGUUCGCCAGUGCGGGCCACCGGGCUGGGCUGCAGAUCUGGCGGAUCGAGAAACUGGAUCUGGUGCCGGUGCCCGAACCGCUGCACGGCAACUUCUACGUGGGCGACGCCUACUUGGUGCUGCACACGGUCAAGAGGAGCAACGCCACCUUCUACAAUCUGCACUACUGGCUAGGUACGGGACAGCGGGGGUGGAUGCAGGGCAGAAGGGAGGGGGCAAAAUCAGCCACCUCCUGGUCUAGCGGGACCUGCCGCUAGACUUUAAGGGGCCACAUGAUGCGCUUUUGUUUUUGGCUGCUUCCCCCGCCGGUCUGGAAGUUCUUGUGGAUGAGCCAAUCUCUUCUACUGAAGAGAGUUUGACACGCUCAGGAAGGUGCUUUCUCCAUAUCUAUAUUUUCUCACGCUUUGUUCAAAGGAGCUUGGGAAAGCGGCUCCUGGUCGAAAUGCGGGGUGUUCCCAUUUUAUCCUCCCAACAACCCUGUCAGGUAGGUUAGGAUGUGAGACAAUGGCUGGCCCAAGGUGAACUUCAUGAGCUUCAAAUCCCAAGUGGUGAUUUGAAUCCUGUUCUCCCAGGCCCUCGUCUGGUGCUCUAACCAUUACACCAUACUGUCUCUCCUUCUGUGUUGGCUCCUGACACACCCACCUUCCUUGCUGCUGCAACACAUUAUCAGGAAGCUGCUUGGUAUCAUUGGUGCAACUUGCUCAGUUAUAGACUGACAGGCAUCCACUGCCCAGGGUUUCAGGCAGGAAUCUUUACCAGCUAUUACCUGGGGAUGCUGAGUUUUGAAACUGAGCCCCUUCGUGUGCAAAGCAGAUGUGACAGUGUUCCUCUCAGCUGCCUGAGUCUGCUGUCAAAAAGUUUUGGCAGUGUUACCCAGCUGGUGCCAUAAUGUUUCUGCACAAUUCUGUUUCUCCUUCGGGGCACAGAUUAUAGGAUUUAAAGUACUGGCGGGGAGAUGUGUGUGUGUGUGUGUGUGUGUGUGUGUGUCUUCUUUGAUGCUGAUUCCAGAAGAUGAGUUGCAAAGGAGCUCAGCACCCGAGCUGUUUUGUAAGCAGCAGAUAUUUGUUGUAGGUGCUACAAAGAGGAAUCUUAUGGCACCGUUCAGUCUAGAUUGUAAACUCCCCGCAGGCAGGGACCUGCCCUCUUGUGCCCUUUAAAGCUCUACGCACACAUGUGGCUUUGUAGAAAGAAUGAUAUUAUCAACAUAUUUAUUGUGGGUUCCCACAAUGUGGCUAAACCCGGUGCCUUCCAAGGUGACGUGUACCGGAAAGGGGGAACUAGAUUUGCCUCCUACAAUAAAUGCAAAAGAGAAUCUCUUGUAACAAUGAAUCUGUUAGCCUUCAAGGUGACAUAAGAAUUUGUUUCUUUGCAGAUACUAGGAACUUGCAGGUAAUGUGAAUCUUGGUCUUAGGGUCCAACCCAUUUAGUGUCACCUUUUCCCUGCUUUGGUCCUGCUCCAUAUUUAAAGAAACAGUUAUGAAUUAAUAUUUUAUAAUAAUUAUAAAAAGUAUUCCUGAGCAUGUACAGAGCAAAUGCCUUAAGUCCCUGCAUAUCUGGAACUGAGGUACAAGGCUUCUUGUCCUGAAUGACGUUGCCUCUCUUUUUAGAAAUAGUUUUUUUAAAAAAUAAAAAAUAAAAUAAUGUUUCUAUCCUGCUCUUCCUCCAAGAUGUUCAGGGUGUCCCUCCUUAUCCUCACAACAACCCUAUAAAGUUGGUUAGAUUGAGAGAGAAUGACUGGCCCAAAUAACCUAGUGAGCUUCAUGGCUAAGUAGGGGUUGGAAUUUGAUUUAAUGUUUGUACACUGUUUUUCCAACUGCAAUAUUGAGCUCAAAGCAGCUCACAAUCAUGACAAAGCACUAAAAAAUAGUGGACAACAUUUCCAUCAAGAUCAUCGCAUCAGAAAUCGCAAUGGCAUAUAAGUAACACAAAAGCAAACGAUGAAAGCAAAACAAUAGAAAGCAGUAAAACAAAAUAAACAUUUAUUUAUUCCACUGAUAGUCACCUUUCCUCCAAAGAGCUCUUUUCUAGAUCAGCUCAUUCCAUUGUGCCAGGUGGAUGUUGUAAGGAGUAAUGUGCACAUAAAAUGUGGUAAACUCAUUUUUCUGCAGAAAGAACCAGAGGCUAUUGGCAAGGUGAGGGAGUUGGCAGUUUUGCUAAUGAAUUUUGCCACCCGCAGUGGUGUGUUGCGCUGUGUUUAAGUAUCUCCUGUGGUUUGCAGAAGAGGCUGUGUGCAGGGCCGAUAGGAGUGGGGGGAGGGUAGAAGGAGGGCCCUUUGGCCUGGGUCUCAAGCUCAAAUGUUGGGCCCCUCAGAUUUAGACUCUUGUCAAUUUUGGAGGCAUUCAAUAAGUUUCACAGCUUGUGCUUAUGCACAUAAGACCAAAAUGCAACACACUUUGUCCGUUCAGAACAGCAUAGUGAAUCAAUGAAGAGAUGUGCUUUGGCGAAAGGCAUUUUUUGGGUUAGCUGAUAAUAGGUUUUGUCACAUUAAAGAAUCAUAGAAUUUGAAGGGACCCCAAGGGUCAUCUAGUCCAACCCCUUGCAAUGCAGGAAUCUCAACCAAAGUAUCCCUGACAGAUGGCCAUCCAACCUGAGUUUAAAAUGUUCUUCCAUAUUAAUUAAAAAAUAUUUCUGUUCUGAUGGCACAAGAUUGGACUGUGAUGGACAUGCCGUCUCAGAUUUGCUGAUUAUAUAAACAAACCAUUCAUUAUUUUGUUGGCAGGGGUGCUUUAUUUUGUUUGCGUGUAUCAUCAUUUUUUAUUUUUUGUUAUCGUGGCUAGGGGCCUAAAAUGCUGAAAGUGACCCAGGCCUCUCAGGAGACGGUCUGGCAGUGUGUAAAUCCUUUUCUGCUUGGUUUUGUGCUCAACUCAUAUAUCCCUUGAUGAAAACUCUCUAUCUACAUCUGCCAAUUUCCAUUUUGACCUGAGGUUGCACCUGAGGUUUCACACCCACACCCACACCCACACACGUGCGCACAGCUUCUGUUUGGUGCACAAAACAAAGUCCUGGACCUGAAGAUACCUUCUUUGGCUGCAUGUAACGGGAAAUUAUUAAAGGUUAUAUUUGUGAUUAAAGAUUAUAUUUUGAAGUUGUGAAUUACCAGUACUUCUGAAGUACAGACAAGAGCAUCAAAUGGGGCUUUGAUUUGGAUUUGCGUGGACUCAGUCAUGUGGAAAUGCAGGCAUCAAGAGUGUUACGCAGCAUUCAAUUCAGUAGGACCCCAACUAGAUAGAGUUCAACUUGGACUCAGCCAUGAAGCUCAGAGGGCGACCCUGGACCUGUCACUAGGCUUCAGCUUAACCUAUCUCACAGGGCUCCUGUGACAAGAGGGUGAGGAAAAUCAAGUAGAGCACCAUGAGCUCCUUGGAAGAAAAGUGGAAUAUAAAUGUAAUAAAUAAAUAAAUAGAUAUCUGUCAAAACUGCACUCUUUGGAACCUGGUCAAUGUAUGUGGAAGACAUCAUUGCUUCUCCCAUUCUCCUCAGCAAACAGGACUACCCAAAGUUCCUUAAAAUAAUUUAACUGGAUUGCACAGGCAGGCAUUUAAUCUGUAAUAGUUUGCCCUUCUUUGCUAUUUUGCUCCUCUAAAUAUUCUUAUUUUAGGAAAAUGCUUUAGGAAAAAUACUUUAGGAAAUCGAGAAUAUUAUUAAGAACAUUCCUGUCUGGUUUUAGGAAAAGAGUGCAGUCAGGAUGAAAGUACCGCAGCAGCCAUCUUUACGGUUCAGAUGGAUGAUUAUCUUGGAGGGAAGCCUGUUCAGCAUCGGGAAAUCCAGGGAUAUGAGUCUACGCAAUUCGUUGGAUAUUUCAAAGGUGGCAUAAAGUAUAAGGUACGUAAUAGUGUGAUUGCGUGAUGUGUCUACAAUAAUUGGAAUCUUUGAAAAGGGAACUAAAAAGAAGUUACAGUUCCAACUCGGUGUUAAAGCAGAGCUUGAAGCAAACAAUAGUCUCUAAGUGGUUUCCAAAGAUACGAUACAAAAAAUCAAAAUCAAUUAAGGGUAUAAAAUCACACAUCAAUUAAAAUGCAUACUGGAAUAUAUAUAUUUUUUAAAAGUCUUCAAUAAGUGGCGGAAGUUCAAUAGGGCAGCCCCACGUAGUCUAUGUCCCACCAGUCGGCAGUUUGUUUUAUUUCCUGGGGUAAAAUCCUAAAAAGAGCUCAACAACUUUGGGGUAAAAUCCUAAAAAAGCUUAGCAACUUCAGUCCUAAAAAAAGGUCAACAACUUUGGUUGGCCCUCAUGGCCCUUCACUUCAUCAAAUCUGGCCCUCUAAGGUUACUUAUGUAUAGAUCCUCUUGGCCUAACUAUCCCUGUCCAAAAAUGGCUGCUGUUGAUGAUGUAUCAGCUAUAGCUGGUAAAAGGCACUGAGGCCACCUGAUCUUUCAGUGACAAAGAUGGAUCCAGGUACAGCCUCAAACUUCAAACUUGUCCUUUCCAAGGAAGUGCAAGCCCAUCGAGAAGAAACAACUGGUCUGUCUCCCUGACCAUCUUCUCAGGUUUCAAACUCAGUUUUCUGUGUUAGUGCAAAUCUGGUUGGGUGUGAUGUAUGAUCUACUUCUGUAUAUGUGUACUAGGUCCUUAUAUACUCCAUCACAGAAACCAACUAACCCUAAUUUGCUUCACUUUAUUUAGGCAGGUGGUGUUGCCUCGGGCUUUAAUCAUGUGGUCACCAAUGACCUCAGCGCAAGAAGACUUCUGCAUAUCAAAGGCCGGAGAGUGAUUCGAGCCACCGAAGUUCCUCUUAGCUGGGACAGUUUCAACAAAGGAGACUGCUUCAUUGUUGAUCUUGGAACGGUAAGUGGUCAAGGAAUGAAGUUUUCCAAAGCAACAAAAUCUCCUACAAAAACUGCCAUAUACGGUAAUUAAGUCUGAGCCCCAAACCAAGAUCUUCUCUAUACAUUACAGACACUUCCUCUGUGAUAUUAGACUCAAAAUAACUUGUGUUGCAAGCACUGGUGGUUUGCUGCUGACCACAUCCCUUCAAGCAUUUAAGCAGAUAAAAGACCAACAGGAAAUAAUAUUUUCUAGAAUUUGUCAUGCUCUAAAAUGGCCCCAGCAAAGCUUGGUUAAAAAGGAAUAAAGGUAAAGGGACCCCUGACCAUUAGGUCCAGUUGUGGCCGACUCUGGGGUUGCGGUGCUCAUCUCUCUUUAUUGGCCGAGGGAGCCGGCAUAUAGCUUCCGGGUCAUAUGGCCAGCAUGACUAAGCCGCUUCUGGCGAACCAGAGCAGCGCACGGAAACGCUGUUUACCUUCCCGCUGGAGCAGUACCUAUUUAUCUACUUGCACUUUGACGUGCUUUUGAACUGCUAGGUUGGCAGGAGUAGGGACCGAGCAACGGGAGCUCACCCCGUCGUGGGGAUUCGAACCUCCGACCUUCCGAUCGGCAAGUCCUAGGCUCUGUGGUUUAACCCACAGCGCCACCCGCGUCCCUUUAAAAAGGAAUACCUUCAUCUUAAUGUAGUUCUGAUUCAAAGACAGAAACAACCAUAUGUAAGAAGCAUUGAAAAAAGCCAGGAUUUCUCAAGAUUGGAAUCAGAUUUGCUAUUUCCCUUCAUCUUGUUUACUCCCCUCGUGUGGUCAAAAUAUUAAAUUUGACUUAGGGCAGUGGCAUGAGACCAGGAUGUAGUAUUUAUUAUCAAGUGGUCAGUAUGGGACUCAGGCUGAAUGUUCAUGAUUUAACAUUAGAAAGAACUGAGAAUAAGCAGCCCAUUGUGAAAGGUUGGAGAGAAUGCAGAAGGAAGAUGCUGUGAGCUAAAAGCAGAGGUGGGGAAACCUAUGGCUUUCCUGUUGUUGUUGAGCUCCAAAUCCCAUCAUCUCUAACCAUGCUGGCUGGGGCUGAUGGGAGUGGAAGUCCAGUAAUAUUUGGAGGACCACAGAUCCCCCACGCCUGAUCUAGAGUUUUGAAGGAAAGACUUGCUUUUUUCUGAAUAAGAAUAUUGUAGAAUAAACAUAUUUAUGUCCAUAAUUACAGUUGGGUCACUUCAGAAUGUUGCUUUUGUGUGUGUUGAAAGGUCAUUCAGCUCUUUUGUGCUGCUGUCCUUCUGAGGAAUUUUGGGAUUGCAGUGAUACAAUUUAUUAGAUAGUGUGGUAGAUUAUUUUGCGGGUGUGGUGAGGAAACACACGACAACCUUCAAAUCUUGUUGAUUUACUUUUGUAACCAGAUAAGGUCUAUGGAUUGCAAACACAGCUUCCAUGGAGCCUUGGUGUUUGUCCAUGCAGUAUAUUUCCAUAUGUUAUUUGCAUUUUUUUAUUUAAAAAAAAUGCUUUGAGCUUUGUUUUCUGUUUCUUGACUAAGCCAAGAGAUGUUGAGAUUUUCUCAUUUCAUAUCCCUACGUGGUUGUGCAUCUGGUUGGCAUUUACUGUACAUGAAGCAAGAACUGGAAAUUCAGGUGCCUUACUAAACAAUUAAUCUGAUUAAUUUGGCAAGCCUUCCAUAGCAAAUGCACACUAGCGUUGCUAAAUGAGAAUAUUCUGCUACGUUCGCAUAACCGUUUGUACUGGCCACCAAUAAACAUUGCACAACUAAGAUAAUGAAAAUGCAGAAUACUUUGUAAAAUCAGCAAUGAGAUGCUAUUAGCUGCGGCCGAAAGAACAUUUCUCUAGAAGGCAAUAUGUGCUUUGAAACAACUUGGACCUGCAAUAAAAUGCUGCAGAGUAAAGCUGCUUCCUGUCAGGGUUCCAGCCAGCUCUUCCAGGAAACUCAAUUUUACUCUCCUCACAUAUUCCAUUUGUCCUCCAGCAGUGAAUCUGCAAUCUGUGCCUACCGAACGCAGUCAGUUUGCAUUGGAUCUUCCCCAGCUUAGAGUUUUAAAAAUAACUUUUUUUGUACUUCUCGAGGUCUCUUCAACCCUACUCAUACUUCCGUCUUGUGCGUGGGUGAUUCCACGUUGGCUACAUAAGAAUCCACACAUACAGAAUGAGUUCACUGUUAAUGUACAGAAUUGUGCAAUGAACACUUUGAAACAUCCCAAUUGCUGUUUCUUCUUUUUGUUUCCUUACCCCAUCUCCUUUUAUUUACUUUAUGUAUGUGUUGCGGGGGGGGGGGGGGAGAGAGGUUUUCAUUAUCAGUUCAGAGGUUGUGCUGGUGACACAUGUUCGUCUGUCUAAAUAUUGUUCUGGGGUGCCUUUCAACACUCAGAAAUGAUGUUAAUCGGCUAAGUAGAUUUCUCACUUGACUGCAUUGCCACUACCUCAUUUCCAGGCCAGUAAGGAUUCCGUACUGUGAUAAUACACAUAAACACAAGGGUUAAACAGAUCAUGUAACUGGGAAAAAGGCAUCCAGACCACAAAAGGAAAAAAGGAUAAAAUUCAGUUUUAUUAAAUGAUAAAACAAGGCCCCAGUAUGAUAAAUAUGUCACAAGGCUGCAACCACAGCAGGGGAUAAAAACGACUGAAUAACGACUGAACGCCCUACCAUGAGUCAGGGAGAUAAAGAAUUACACAACUUUUAGAAAACAUCUGAAGGCUGGGAAGUUUUUAAUGUCUGACAUGUUAUUAUUUUUUAUAUUUUGCUGGAAGCCACCCAGAGUGGCUGGGGAAACCCAGCCAGAUGGGUGGGGUAUAAAUAAUAAAUUAUUAAUAUUUAUUGUAUUAUAUAUACACCCCUCCUGCUAUGUAGCUAGCUAGGCAUCUACUCCUCUCCACGUUUGUGCCCUGAACUGGACUACUGAUGCAACAGCAUGACCACACCUCUUCCCAAACUCAAAUCCCCUCACCUGACGGGGCUCAUGCAAGUAGCCGGCAUCUUCCGCCUUUGCACCUGGCGCAAAGGGCCCCUCCUUGACCUUGGAGACAUUGGACUGAGGAGAUCCUAAUGGCCCAACUCUCUCAGGGACUGUCUCUUUCUUCUCUUCCUGCCCUCCCUGCAACUCUUCCCCUGUCUCUGACAGCCCUGACUUUCAAGCCCUGACUCCUGCCUUGUGCACAAAUCACUGGCCUCAUGAUCCUCCACCCUCCUUGCCUCCUCACACACCCCUUAGAGUCCUGCCUGUCUCUGAUAGCAACAGCAGUCCUCACCCCUUUCAGCUGAGCCGCAUGUUUAUGUGCCCAAUGCCUGAUGAUGCAGGAUGUGGCUUGGCGAAAACCGACUUGUCGGUCAAAUAGGGAGGUGAUUUGCAUUGGAUGUUGCUGCCUAGGAAUCUGGAAUGUUUGUCUACUCUUGCUUUUCUAAAAGUUUCGAAACCUUUCACAGCUGGAACUCUGAAAGGCUUUCAGAUACGCGGCUUUUAUUAAAAUUGUAAAGAGUUGUGUCAGACCUCACCAAUUGGGACCCAUUCACAGCAGGCAGGGGAAUUAAUAGCUGUCUUGACUUUAGGCACAUGCCAAGUGCUUUUACAGUGGUACCUCGGGUUCAGAACGUAAUUCGUUCAGGGUGUCCAUUCUUAACCUGAAACUGUUCUUAACCUGAGGUACCACUUUAGCUAAUUGGGCCUCCCACUGCCACUGCACGAUUUCUGUUCUCAUUCUGAAGCAAAAUUCUAACCCAAGGUACUAUUUCUGGGUUAGCGGAGUCUGUAACUUGAAGCGUCUGUAACCUGAAGUGUCUGUAACCUGAGGUACCACUGUAGUAGCAUUUUUGGAGUAUGAAUCAGAAUUCAAAAUUGUGAAUUGUGAAUAGUGAAGCUGUUUGGUCUAGAAAGUAGGCGUGGGCUUAGUUUCAUUUAGUACUCCUUUCACUAGGAAAGUAGAAAACGCUGUAUUCUUGGGUGUGUGCUCAGAAUGGAUUCAUUAUAUGCCAAAACGCCUGUGGACUGAGGAACAAGACGUUUAUUAAUGGAGAUAAAUUUUAGGCAAAGCACAUAAACUAGGAACUGUAGUUCUUUUAGAGUCCUCUUAUUCCACCUUUCUGUUUUUCUACUUUCAGGCUACCAAAAUCUGUUCAUUCCAUGCGAUUCUGUUGUGAAAUUAUUUGUAGCUUGUCUUUGAAUUAAAGCUUCUGCUUCCAUACAAGCUUAUUUGGAUGAGUUUGCGGGAUUUAUUUAUUCAGUCAGCUUGUUAGCUGUCCUUUAGCAUAAUCUCCCAGGGCGGUGAACAAUUAAAAGAAUGAAAUGAAACAAUCAAAAUGCAGCAAUCAAAGCCACAGUGACAGCAAUUAAGAAGAGCCAGCUGUGAACUGUGAAACAAUAAUUAAGAAAACAGAAAUGACUGGCUCAACCAACGGCUGGGAUGCCAGGGCAAAUCAAAGAAGCCUUCAUCUUUGGCAGCCAAGGGAUCACUAGGCAGGGCUGGCAUCAAGGACUGACAUGAGUUGCCUUCACACCAAGUACUUACAAAGCACUGUGAUGCCACUUUAAGCACUCAUAGCUUCCCCCCAAUAAUUCUGGGAGCUGUAAUUCAUUAAGGGUUCCGAAAGCUGUUAGCAGACCCCUAUUCUCCACAUGGAGCUACAAUUCCCAGAUUGGUUGCACAGUCAACCCCUCUUCAUAAGGAACUCUGGGAACCUAUAGCAACCAGCAUAUAGUGUCAAAUAACCAUUCUUGCUAGUCCUUAAUAGAAACAGUUAUGAAUCAUUCUGCCAUAUAGACACAACAGAUCUGUAUACUAAUCUGUACACACAGUUGUAGCUUUGUGAUGCCACAAUGAAUAAACCAUGGUUUAUUGUGUCAGGAAUGAACUUAGGUAAGGCUUGUGGUUAUUGCUUUCCCCUCUCAUGGGUUAUGGUGUUGGUUUGCUUCAAUAAACUGUAGUUAAGAUCAACCACAGAUUAGGGUGUGGACAUGAUCCUAAACUCCUCACAGCCAUCCUAGAAAAACAGAGGAACAAAGUGGGGAGCAGGUAAGCUCUAGGCUUGCCUUCGACUUGUUCCCAUAACAAUAAACCAAAAUUUACUUAACAUCCAGGUGCAGUUUUUAACAAAUCUGCUUUUAUAGUGCCAACAUAAAACUGGUUUUCUCCCCUUGAAGAUGAUUGUGAGUGUGGGGAGAGUAUUCAAGGUGAGAGCAUGGAGCUGGAUCCAGCAAUGGGGUAAGUUUGCCACCAACAAAUAUCUGCAGCUGUGUUGCAACAGAGAAUUUGGAAUUGUAAUGAUGCUGGAACGUUGCAAGCUAUCCAUGUGAAGCUUUCCCCUGAAUAAUUCUGCGUACUGAUGAGAUCUCUUGUUUUGUUCUAGGAGAUCUACCAGUGGUGUGGCUCUACAUGCAAUAAAUUUGAGCGCCUGAAAGCUAUGCAGGUUGCUGUGGGCAUUCGGGACAAUGAACGGAAUGGAAGAGCCCAGUUGAUUGCUGUGGAUGAAGGAAGUGAGCCAAAAGAACUCCUAAAGGUAUUGUAUAUUCACUUGGUGGCGAACCCCCCCCGCUCCAUUAGCUGUGUUGUUUAUCUGGCCAGUCACCCUGCCUCAGGCUCAGAGAUACCAUGAAGUAUACAGAACAGGGCUUGCCUAUUGCAUACAUGGGGAACCAGAGUUCAGUGAGGGACCACAUGCACUGAUGGACCACAUGGAGUGUGUGCUGAAGAUCCUAGGUUCAGUCUCUGGCAUCUCCAGGAAAGAGCCUGAAACCUCGGAGUGCCAAUUUCAGCAAACAUGGCAGCUCACCACUUGUGGCCUGGACACAGGUCACAUUAUGAACUAUUAACCUAGAUGGUAAUAAAUGGUUAAUGAAUGAUAUUUUUAAGUUGCAUUCUCCCUCGGUUUCUAAUGGAAAAUAAGUUAGCAAUUAAUUAUAGUAGUGCUAGAACCCUUCUUAAUUAUUUUUGGAGUCGGUAGGCUUCACAACUGUUUGGAACGUUAAUAUUGGUUUGGGGUAGUGUUCCUCUCACAUCCGCAUGGGGAAACCAAUGGAGUGUGCAUGAGAGCACCGUUGCUGAUAUUUGCGUCUCUGCUUUGUCGUGCCGAUUGUGGCUUGAGCAACCGAGUAUGACAGAUGUUGUGCCUUGAGGCAUGUUGGCCAUGCAUGAUUCAUUGAUGCCUGGGCUGGUGGGGGGGGGGGAGGAAAAAGGCCAGAGUUGAGCACGGCCUGUAAUUUUUGCUGAAGGAAGAAAGGCCCAUUGCCAUUUUCGAAGCCAGUUUCUUUUAGCUCCGCUUCCUACCAUUUAACUGGUGCCGGUGCUAAAACAAUGUGGCAGAGGAGCAGUGCACCAUGGGAGCCUUGCUGGAUCUAGCCCAACGUUCUGAUCUCGCAGUGGCCAACCAGAUGCUUCUGGGAAUCCUGCAAGCAGGAUCUGUGUGCAGCAACACUUGCUCCCCUUGCGAUUCCUUGCAACAGGCAUUCCACACCUUUUCUCCUCAGGCCACACCUCUCAGCAGCCUUGCUUCACACCCUCCUCAAGGGCCUUUGCCCAGCUGGGAUGUGACCUUGAUGCCUGGUAAUGACUCUUGCUUGCCUGGGUGCCGGAUGUGUGAAACUAGCCUAUAAGAGUAAAAUCUGCAUUCGUUGAUCUGUCCACUUUUACCUCUGGGUCUCCUCCCCACCACUGGCAAGUGUCCCCUGGAAGCCAACACAGCCCUCAAAUUGCAUAAGGCUCCCCACCCCUUUGGUAUAGUCGCCGAAGGAAUCUUCCAAGCUAUUUACUAGCAUAGACUGGCAGAAUUCCAUCUAAGUUAGUACACUCCUUUUUACAGCUGCAAAGACCUUGAAGCUAUGAACGUAGCAUUGCAUGAGUACAAUCCGCUCUCAGUUUAUUUUUUAGGAGGUGGACUCUCCAGGACAGAAUAAAAAAAGGGGGUAUUCCCUCUGCCCAGUGAUUUCAUAUAAAGUUUUCAUCUGUGUUAACUGGCCAUGUGUUUAAAAUAUGGGGUGUUUUCCUCUGUCCUUUUCUUUGGAAAAAGGUCUGUACCCUUUAAGCAGUUAAAAAAAACCCCCCAUGCUGGCAUCCUUCCAAAGUCAGUGGGAACUUCCUUAUAGACUCCAUUCAGCCAUAAAGGUCAAACAGCACAUUUCCCUAGUUAACUUCUAGAUAAGAUCACAGAUCAUUAAGGCAGAUGGGCAUGGAGUAACUAAAAAGGCACAUGUCAAACAUAAAUGUAUGACAGAAUAUGUCUACUUUUUCAAAAAAAAAUGCACUGAAGUGCAUGGAUUUGAAUUCGUUUCAUAGAGUCUGUGCUUCUUCAUUUUUUAAUUUUUAUUUUUACAAUAAACAAAACAAGUGGGUUUCGGUAUUUUUAGGAAGUGUGUGAAUUAUAUCACUACUAUGUUGUAUUGAUCAGGACGUUCAAAAAUAAAUCCCACCGCACUCAGCGGGGCUUCAUUCCUACUUGCAAUGCGUUUCGGAUCACGUCCUCAAAAUACCUUUUCCUAGGAAGGUUUUAUCUUGAGGAACUUUGGGCAAAGAUUUACCUCUUUCCAAAGAGAUUGGCCAAAUGGUUCAGGAAACAUGUGACAGUUACUGAGCUGGCCCACCCGUGAGCUGAGGCGACCGUCUCAGGUGGCUGGAUCCACAGGGGCAGCAGAUCUGGCCUCCGAGGACUGCGUCACCUAUGGCUGCCACGGUGGCAGCGAGAGCUAUGCCAUGUGACUUGGAAGCCGUCUCUGCUCUGUCUCUUUAGCAGCCCUUCAUAAUGCCGUCUCUGCAGCAGCCUCUUGGCAAAUAGGACACACUUCUGGUCUCCUCCCACUAUUGCUUCCGAUGUAGACCUUUAUUUUGCCCUUGUUCCUGAUGUAGUUCUUCACUGGUGGAGGGUCUCCCCUCUUGUGGUUCCCAUCAGGUGCCAAAAUGUCUUGGGCUGGUCCUGGGCAGUUGUAAAGGUGUGCAAGGACUCAGAACGACUUGUGUCCUACCUGUUAAUUGUGUGAGCAAGACGCACCUGAAACAACAGAUACUUUGGCUUAUUGGGUCGUUCUGGUUUUUAUGUUCUGGUAUUUAGUGCCAGUGUGGUGUAGUGGUUGAGAGCGGUAGUCUUGUAAUCUGGGGAACCGGGUUCGCGUCUCCGCUCCUCCACAUGCAGCUGCUGGGUAACCCUGGGCUAGUCACACUUCUCUGAAGUCCCUCAGCCCCACUCACCUCACAGAGUGUUUGUUGUAGGGGAGGAAGGGAAAAGAGAAUGUUAGCCGCUUUGAGACUCCUUAAAGGGAGUGAAAGGCGGGAUAUCAAAUCCAAACUCUUCUUCUUCUUCUUCUUUUAUUUUGAUUAUGUAUUUUGUGUAUUGUGGUUUUUAUCCUGAGACCUGCGGGUGUAGGGUGGUAUACAAAUUUAACAAACAAACAAACAAAGAGGCAAUAGAUAUAUCCUUGCUCUUGUAAGUGGAAGUCGAAAAUGGAAGUGAAAAUGGAAAUGACUCACCACUGCCUAGACUGAUUGGGAUACAUUUUCUACACAAAGGAGUCUGUUAUAGCCUUUGCCUCGGGUAUACAUUGAGCAGGUUCAGAUGAUCAUAUCACAAAUUUACAAGCUGAGAUUUGGAAGAAAAAAAAGGUUGCCUUCUUCACUCCUCCUUUUUGAUGAGACACAAUUAAAUUGGGAAGUUUCAAAAUAACCAUAGUUUCCCAUUUGAUCUGAACUGAGAAACUGUGGCUGCCAACUUCAGAACAAGCCAGAAGUUUGUUCAAUAUUCUGGCUUGUUUUGAAGCUAUUAACCAGAAUUUCUAAGUUUGGACAAAAUGGGAAACUGUGGUUGGUUAAUUUCCUGGUUAUGUCAUGGUUUGCUCAGAGGGAAGGAACAAAGCGGAUAUGAGCACAGGUGAAAGGCUCAUUCAUAUCUUAGCUUGUUAAGCAGUCCUCUGAUCUAACUCAUUGCAAUGCAGUUGUACACCAUUGGUCAUAAAAUGCUUAUACGUUAGACUCUUGCCUCAGUGUUCCGAGAAAGCAUAAACUCUUUUCCUGACAAGGACAGGUGUCCUCUGGACUUGCCUCUAAUGCUUUUUGAUUACAUAGUGGCUGUCACAAUGGGGAUUUUGGCAUUUAUUUGAUUAGCUUUUCAACAUGAUGAUAAUUGAGCUAAUCUCAAAGUAAACUUAUUCCUCUCUACCCCUUUCCCACAUCUGUUGUGGGCUUCUGCUUAUUGUAUUGGGGAAAGUAAACCGAAAGAUAUUUUUAAAACAAUUUGAUUAUUUGUGUAGGGAAUAUCCACUGGGCCAGGGUCCAGUAAUUUCCAUCUUUCAUUGGUUGGAGACAAACACAAUGCACUCAAAUGCUGCUUAGAAAGUUUCACAUGAUAUUUAGGCAAAUUAAGAUAAGCUAACAAGCAAAUCACCUGUGUACAGUCGCCUUCGCCUUAAUGUGAGUCAGGGUUUAACACACCCACACACCCCACACACCCCCUAUAACCAGAAUGAGACAGACAGUAGAUCAGUAGAAAUGAAAAGAUAAACAGUUACCCAAGCCAAUAAAAAUCCCACCCCUUAGUUCCACUUCCUUGACCAAUUUGAGCCUCAGUGGCCAGAUUCAGCCCCUGACUUCUGCAAGAAGGGCUGGGAAAAACUCCAUACCCUCCAAUAUUUCUCCAAUGAAAAUAGGGACAUCCUAUCAUCAUCAUCAUCAUCAUCAUCAUCAUCAUCCCUCCCAUCUGACUGGGUUGCCCCAGCCACUCUGGAUGGCUUCCAACAUACAUAAAAACAUAAUAAAGCAUUCAACAUAAAAAGAAGCUUCCCUAUACAGGGCUGCCUUCUAAAGGUUGUAUAGUUGCUUAUCUCCUUGGCCUCCAACAUUUCUCUGAUGAAAAUGGGGAUGUCCUAAGGAAAAAUGGGACAUUCCAGGAUCAAAUCAAAAUCUGGGACUGUCCUUGGACAAUAGGUACACUUGGAGGUCUGAGACUCCUGUCCAAGAACCUGGUGACCCACUGCCAGAUAGCAAACACACCGUAGUGAGUUAGAUGGACAGUGGUCUGACUUGGUCCAGCAUCAUGCAGCUUCCAGUGUUCCUGAUCAUGGCUCUCUUGUGUCAUGUCUCGCCUGAUGCUCAGCUCAGUUGUUCUGGAGCAAGACUUUAUUUGGACAUUUCUGUCCUGCUCUCCAUCCUAAGAUCUCAGGACGGGCACAAUUAUUCAUUCCUUGGCUUCCAGGAUUCUGUCAGUGGUGAGACUGGAAACAACCUCUUGGGCUUUCACCUUCCCCCUUACAAUGGUCAUCUUCCUUCAGGCAAUGGUAAAGAAGGUAUUGAGAACACUAGGAGGAUCCAAGGUUCACACAGAUAGGAUCCCAAUUCACUUGCUGAUUUCUGCUGAUGGAGAGAGAAGUCUGAGGCUUACUUCCAGUUUGGCCAGGAGUCAGUAAGUAAUGAGCCUACCUUAAAUUCCAAGUUCACAUAGUGUGAUUGUGCUAGUCCCCUAAAUGUUCCCCUGGCACCUCUUUCCCAAAGCCCAGGAAGCCUCUGCCCACCUUAGGGAGGGAGGUGCAAUGCUCACGCUCACGACAUCGGGACCUUGUGACAUCACACGUGCGACAUCCCCUCCCCCAUCAUCCUUGCAAGCUGGUGCCUCUGGCCCCAACUGUUCCCCUAUGAAAAAUUCCACUGCACACCACUGCUGAAUGGGGAUGGGUGGAUAGUGUUGAAGGUUUUGGGGGAUAUGUGGCCCUCCAGAUCUUGCAGAACUACAACUUCCAUCAUCCCUUGGCCAUCAGCCAUGCUCGCUCAGGCUGAUGGGAGUUGUAGUCCAGCAACAUCCUGAAGGCCAAAAGCAGGCUUCCUCAACCUCAGUCCUCCAGAUGUUUUGAGACUACAAUUCCCAUCAUCCCACUGGUCCUGUUAGCUAGGGAUCAUGGGAGUUGUAGGCCAAAAACAUCUGGAGGGCUGAGGUUGAGGAAGCCUGACCAAAAGCUCCCCAUUCCUGGUCUACAGCUUGCCAUUUGCCAAGUUAGGUGCCUGAAGUACAAGAUGUGGUACUUUUCCAGAGGCCUAAAUGCCAUUUUGUGUGGCUUGCUUAAUGUUUCUUCACCUGACAAUUAUUGCAAGGCAUUAAUCUUAGACUUCAGGAGAAACUCUACAGUGGAUGGUUGCCAAUGCAAAUACUCUUUAAUUCCUUGAGCAAGCGGAGACACCCUUUUAUUAGGUGUUUAAACAGCUUUCUAAAGCAAUUACAACUCUUUUUUGGGGGGAGGGGAGUGCUUACAAUUAAAUUAUAGUAUACAGAAUCUGCAUGCUGAAACCUACUCAUCUGUGUUGUGUGGUCUCCGACUUGGCAUCAUAACUACACACAAGGUUAGAUCCUUAGACAGUUAUAAAUUACUUUCAUGCCCUUACCUUACAAUUAUCAAAACAGCGAAGCUUUCUUUCACGCACUAGGCUAUUAUCACACAGCUAUAAUUCACUUGAGAUAGAAACGGUUGUUGGUUCCAUCUUCCGCCCAUCAGAUAUGGGAAAGGUGGUAGGGAAAGGGGUGUUGCGCUGCCUUACCAUGGAAGGAGUCAUGGUUUAUCUCCCCAGGAACCAAGCCCCUCCCUGCAAUUAUUGCAGGACCCACUUAAAAGCAUUGUAUCAUCUGCACUGCUGGAUGCCCAGAUUCAUUAUGCUUAAAAGCAAAUGGUCCACUUACUUUCACAUAGCCUUCUGUGCCAAGAUGACAUUCCACUUGAGGCGAGUCCAGGGCCGGAUUUAGGUUUGAUGAGGCCCUAAGCUACAGAAGGUAAUGGGGCCCUUUAUAUGUCCAGCUGUCCUUUGUCAACAACAAAUUGUCGCUGGUUUUUGUGUUGAAUAUAUGCUAUAUGGUAAUUUAUGGACCUAAUAUGUAUCUAAAGCCAUUUGCACAUAACAAAUAGGAGCCUACACAACACAAAACACUGUUGCUGUAUGUAGGUUUUAUUUUAUUUGUUUUUUAUCUUAUAUUUUGGAAAUGUACAUCCAGUUUUUUCCUUUAAUUUUUUGGGGGGCCCCCAAGAGAGUGGGGCCCUAAGCUAUAGCUUGUUUCUCUUAUAUGCAAAUCCGGCACUGGGUGAGUCUCCCGAUCCUUUGUUGCCAGAUAUCUAAAAACAUUAUGACCCUGCUUUUCAGUUUUCAAGGCAGCAUCCAAAUUAGUAAAACUACAGUCCAAUUGCAACUAUCGAAACUAUAAAACAACAGAAAGCAUUAGUCAGAAGCCAUAAGUGUGCUUCACCUUGGCCAGUUCUAAAGUCUUCAUUCAUGGGUAAAGUUGGUGCAUCAGCCUAACUUGAGCAAAGGCAACCCUCAUUUGAUACCUGGGCUUCCAAAGUCGCCGUCCUUGCUAAAUAGUGUGAAAUCCUCAAAAUCCUUUUCCCAGCUGUCUCACUGUAGAAUACACAGCUCUCUUCCCUAACAUAAACAACUGUGCAUUUCUUUCUAGUUUGUGCAAGUAGUUCCAAGGAACUUGAAUCCGCUUUCCAUUGUCCGAUAAUGAAUUCAGUUUUCAAGCACAAAUAUGAGGCCUAUUGUUUGGUGGCACAGCGUGACAUAAAUAUUUGUUUUGAUCGGGUGGUUAGCUAGAAAAGAAUGACUUGCAAAAGCCUUGUUGUCAAGACAUGGCACUCUUCAGGGAUAAUUCUUGAAAACAGCAUGGUUGUGAUGAGGAGGAUUAAUCAUGGCAGUGAUUUGUGCCAGAGAAUCUUCCCAUGGCUGUGGCAGUUGCAGCUCUAAGGAAAUCUUAAUUAAAUUAUGGUCAUGGAUAUCAUGAGCUGAUAUGACUGAAUGAUUUGGUCUAUGUGUGUGUCAUAAUCAUUCAUGUAAUCAUGACUGCUACUUUUAAUUAUUGUACUUAUAGUUCUAUUGCAGGGACGCGGGUGGUGCUGUGGGUUAAACCACAGAGCCUAGGACUUGCCGAUCAGAAGGUCGGCGGUUCAAAUCCCAGCGACGGGGUGAGCUCCUGUUGCUCAGUCCCUGCUCCUGCCAACCUAGCAGUUCAAAAGCACGUCAAAGUGCAAGUAGAUAAAUAGGUACCGCUCCAGUGGGAAGGUAAACGGCGUUUCCGUGCGCUGCUCUGGUUCGCCAGAAGCAGCUUAGUCAUGCUGGCCACAUGUCCCGGAAGCUGUACGCCGGCUCCCUCGGCCAAUAAAGCGAGAUGAGUGCCGAAACCCCAGAGUCGGCCACGACUGGACCUAAUGGGGUCCCUUUGCCUUUACCUUUAGUUCUAUUACUGUAUAUUGGAUUUCUGUUUCUUUUGUGAGUUGCAUUGGAUAUUCAUUUGAACCGGAGAGUCGGGCUGAAGUAUAUAAUAAUAUAUAAUGAAAUAACAACAACAAGAAUCUCAACUCUCAAAAUUGGCUGCCAUAUUCAGAGAGGUUCCUAACAACAAGCCCAGAAACUAAGAAAGCUAAGUACUUUGACUGAUGCGAGAGUAUUUCAGAGCUGCGAGUAUGGUCCAUUAUCUGUUACGGUUUUUGAAGCUGAGUGCUCGCCUAUUGCUGAACAAAGGGAAAGAGAUUCCUAAUAUUUAUGUAAGAUCUAUGUGUAGAGUGUUGUAGUGUAGAGAAGAGAAUUCAUGCCACCUCAAAGUGCACCUUACAAAGUGUUUUCAAGCAGCAAACGUUUUAUUAUUAUUAUUGGAACGAUGCCAAAGUGGAAUGCCUUGUGUUGUAGAAAAUUGAGAGUGAUACACUGUGAACAAAGAGUCACAAUACUUAUGAAGCUGAAAAUUGAAAAAAAGAAAUGUUGCCUGGUGAUUUCAAUUCCAUCUUGCCAUUUUACAGCAUCCUAAAUAGGGACACAUUGGGUUGAAUGCCCUGGUGCAAUAAAACCUAUUUGACUGCAUUGUACAACUGCAGGAGAAGGUACAAUAAUAAGUACCUGGACGGAAAAACUGUAUCUUCCUGAAGUCUUUUGUCUUAUUGCUCUAAUUUCUAUGGGAAGCCUUCUGUUAGAAGCAGAUAUUGUCGUUCUACAUCUCUGAGCAUUCUACUCGUAAUCUUAUAUACUAAUAGUGAAUUCAUUUCCUCAAGUGCCAAUGCUUAUACAGCCAGCAAAUAUUCAUAAUAUGAGAACUGUGCAAAUUGCAGAGCUCAAGCUGUUAAAGAGGAGAACAGUAGGAGUGUACAAGAUUACCCAGGUGGAUACAGUAGAUGAUCUCCCAUAUUCUGGAGUCAGUGGAUUGAAUCUGGCGAAAGGCAUUUCUAAAUCUCGUUAUGUUUCUUAAUUGGCAUAUCAAGGCCAAGAUGUCUGUGUCACCAACAACUGCAUUACGAACUACCUUUGUUAAUUAUGCAAUUUUCACUGUCGACAUACUUUCUGCAUUUAAUUUUCCUCUGACCUCAUUGCUUACAAUCCACUCCUGACCUGCCACUCCCCUGACCUCUGAUCUAUUGCAUCACUGCAGCUUACUGAGAAGGAGAGGAGGGAGGCGUCAGCAUAGUUGGCAAGGUGCGAAUGCCCUGGCAGGAGCACCAAACUGGCUCUGGUGGAGAGCUUGCACCACUCUGACCUCAUAGUUGCGUCACCCUUCCCGCUCUGCCUCUGAUAGGCAACAAGAGGUCAGGUGGGCGCCAGCCCCCACCAUGUGGUCCACUACUGCCUUAUAUAAAAGAUUUGUACCUGAGAAGACAAAUCAGCCUCUCACUGGGCCAUUUCCUGCCUGACAUCAUGGAAAUGGUGAUGUUUUUAUCAAAUCUAUCAGCCGCUAAGUGACAAGGGCUAUGCAUACAGGUUAUGUAUUUAUUUAUUUAUUUAGAUAUGUCUGUCCCACAGUACUAAUACAUAGCAAGUUUUGCUACUGCGUUUACCAGCUGAGAAAUGAAAUUCUAUUUGCAUUUAACCUGAUACAGCCUUUUUAUAGACUCUGUAAUAAUAUUUAUCUUGCUGAGAGAGAAAGCCAUAUAGGUAGGUGGCUCUUUGAAAUAUAUAAGGUGUUCUCCAUCAGCUACCUUUGCACUCCUUAUCUUGGCAAUUUCUCCCUUAUCAAAUAUUUACUUUGUCAACAUGCCCCUCCUUGUCUAAAUAUAAGUCUCUCCUUUGAAUGGGUGAUACUACAUUGCACUUACCUUAUUUCAGCUAGUUUGACUUUAAGCCAAAUUCAGCCGGCCCUUCUCUGGUGAAUAGGAGGAAAAUUAUAGGAAUGGUAUCAUAUCUAUCAGCUGGUGCAUUUGAGGCAGCAAGCCAUAUUGGGUUACUAUUUUGCUCUGUGCUUGAGACCUAGAUUUAGAAACUUACUGUAAGCCAAUUUUAAAAAAUUUCUUUAUUAAUUUUCUCUUGCUCUGUAGCUAUAGCAUUCCUGAAUGCCUCUCAGCUCCUCUUUCCUGCAUGGGUGGUUGCUGGUUGGUUCCCUCUUUGUAGCCACAAUUGCUUAUUUAUUUAUUUUGUUGUUGUUGUUCCAAUUUAUUUAAAAAAAAUUAUAACACCAGAUGAAUUGUCCAAUGAAUUUCAACCAGUUUCCCCUCUAUCAGAAGGUACUGCAUUCCUAUAUCAACUUAUAUGGAAGCAAGUCCUAUUGAAUUCAUUGAAACUUUCUUCAGAAUCAGCAUGUAUUGAGUUAAACCACAGAAGUUCAAUUCACCUCUGAUGAAGGCAUUUGUGAAGCACGUUUAGCAGUUUGUUCUAUUUCAGCACCUGGUUAAAGUUCACCUAUUCUUCUUUUUCUGGCUGGCUUUUGUGCUGUGGCCAUUAAAAGGAUUUGAUACACUCAGUACAUAAGGAAUGUAUUUUCGGUUCUGUUUUCCAAAACUAUGGGUUGACGUCACUUGGAUUUCUCCCAAGAUGACCACGUGGGAAAACAUCUGAACUGGCUCCUUGGCCCACCCUAAUCUGUGUUUAAGUUAUUAAUUCGGCCUGCUCUUCCACCCCCCCUCCCUCCAACACCAUAAAAGCUAAGGUUGUUUUAAGCCACUGAAAUUAGAAAGGAGUCAAGUCAGGCUUCUUCAGCCUGACUACAAAUUCUACCAUCCUUGAUUAUUGGCUUUGCUUUUUCUCUGGGGGUACUCAAGGGUAGGGGGAGCAGGUGGCGCUGUGGUCUAAACCACUGAGCCUCUUAGGUUUGCCGAUUGGAAGAUCGGCGGUUUGAAUCCCCGUGACAGGGUGAGCUCCCAUUGCUCUGUCCCAGCUUCCAACCUAGCAGUUCAAAAGCACACCAGCAUAAAUAGAUAAAUAGGCACUGCUGUGGCAGGAAGGUAAACAGCAUUUCUGUGCGCUCUGGUUUCCGUUACGAUGUCCCAUUGCACCAGAAGCAGUUUAGUCAUGCUGGCUAUAUGACCCAGAAAGCUAUCUGUGGGCAAAUGCUGGCUCCCUCGGUGUCAGGAUGCUGUCAGCGGCUCCAAGCUAGUUGCCCAGAAAAAUAUAAAGACAAGGAAAAGUUUCUUACCGUCCUUUUUUAUUUUGAUCUUUACAGAGAGAGGCUAUAGAACCCAGCCUCUUGGAUAAUGGUGUUGUCCCAAGUGACUCUUCACACCCCGUCUCUCCCAUUCGUCACUUCUGCGGGUGCUGCUAUGUGCCCUCUGUCUUCGAGCUCUUUGCUCUCCUACUUUUAAGGCUCGCCGGGUUCUGGGAGAUGGAGGGUCUGGAAUGCUUUCUAAUGACACUGUGUCAGCCAGCUGCCACUUCAGUUCUGCCUGUUCCUCCUCUCCCAUUAUUUCCCAACUUUUACCCUCAUCUGCCUCUGAGCUGUGACCUCCUGCAAACCACUGUUGUAAAUCUAUACUGUCUUCUUCCUUCUCCUCCCCCCUGGGAGGGUCAGGAUGGGGAGGCGGUCUCCACCAUUCCUCGUCUGCCCAGUCCCUGACACUUGGCCUCAAAAGUUAGAUGAGCGCCCCAACCCCAUAGUCACCUUUGACUGGAAUUAACUGUCCAGGGGUCCUUUACUCUUUUUUUUUAACCUUACUCAAGGGUAGGCAGUACAGUCGUACCUUGGUUCUCGAACAGAAUGCAUUUCAGGAGUUUGACUCCUGGAACUGUUCGAAAACCAAGGCACGGCUUCUGAUUGGCUGCAGGAUGCUCCUGCAGCCAAUUGGAAGCCACAGAAGCAAUGGACGUUUUGCUUCCGAAAAUCGUUCGAAAACCGGAACACUCACUUUCGGGUUUUGAUAAUUCGGGAGCCGAUUUGUUUGGGAGCCAAGGUGUUUGAGAUCCAAGGUACGGCACCUUAAAAAAACACACAAAAUGUUAAAACUUCGUGGUGAGUAUUGGCACCUUUUAUUCUUAAAAAAAAGGCACUUGAUGGGCCCGAGGGAAUGUAAAACAUCUGUAGGAUUCUUGGUUGGGAAAGCCUCAGUUAAGUUAUUAACAGCCCCGGAGAGGGGAAACCCACAACCUGAAAAUGCAAAAAGCUGUUAAUAUAACAGACAUGACCAUAGCAUCCCUGGAAAGGUCAUUACAGCCCAUCAGUCAGGGACUGUGCUUAUGGCACCUAUAUGCUGCUCACACACAGAAGCAGCCAUGGCACUCAAAGAAGGCAGUGAUAAGAUUCCCCCAGCACACAACCCUGCACAGGCAGCGUCCUCCUUGUUGAGAUUUCCAUUCCACCUUAAGGAGCAGACGUGUGGAACUGUUGCGUGUCACAUGUCUGUUUACAUUCCAGCACAGCUUGCUGGGAACUUCCGUUGUGUGUAUAGCUUUUGCUCUCUGAGAAGAGGGAGAGAGAGAGACGACAUGUUUCUUUGUCCUGAUUUAUGAUUAAUAAAUCUGUAGUUGUAGUAUGCUUCCACAAGCCUCACGCCUAUUCUGUGUGCGCAGUUCAAUCUGCUGAUAGUGUGCCCUGGCUCUGAAGCCCGUGUCGUUGAUUUAUGUCGGAGCAGAUGAGUCUUCACAGUGAGAUGGCUGGAAGGAAAUGGCCCAGUUGGGCCUAGCCAGCUGGCCUUGCGGCCCUCUGCAUGUUGACACUCCAGAGCAACCGUGGCACAGAGGAAAGGGGGCUUUCAUUCUUCUCCCAUGCUCUUUUCCCAAAGGAAUUCAUACUCCCAGGCUUAUUAGUUGUGGACAGGAAAAUAUACAGCUACCGCUGUUCCUGUCCUGCCUCCUCACUUCAUGGCUAAGAGCAGAGUCUGGGUGGAUCUGGGAGUGAUGUCUAUUGGAGAGACGUCAUCACAGAGUGACAACCUGAAUCCCACCCCUCCUCACCCCUAGAACUGUGGCUCCAAUUCAAAUCACCUCCCAACUGGCUUAUUGCCCAAGAAAAAUAUCACGUUAGUAUAUCCCAUCACAGAACUUUUGUACCAUGCCAAAUGUAGCCCUAAAUCAUGCAACAUCUUUUUAAAAAAAAAUUCAAUUUUCAAAAUUAUCCCAGAUUUCUCACGACGCUGCUAAUAAAGCCAUUGCUAAAAAUGACUGGAUUUUUCUUUUUCUGAUUUUGUUUAUUUACCGUAUUUUUCGCUCUAUAAGACGCACCAGACCACAAGACGCACCUAGUUUUUGGAGGAGGAAAACAAGAAAAAAAAUAUUCUGAAUCUCAGAAGCCAGAACAGCAAGAGGGAUCGCUGCGCACUGAAAGCAGCAAUCCCUCUUGCUGUUUUGGCUUCUGGGAUAGCUGCGCAGCCUGCAUUCUCUCCAUAAGAUGCACACACAUUUCCCCUUACUUUUUAGGAGGGAAAAAGUGAGUCUUAUAGAGCAAAAAAAUAAGGUACUUACUUGAGUCUGGGUGCUUGGCUUUUGUUUCUUUUUAUCGCAAACAUGGUGAAAAGAAGAAGGAAACAACGUCUGCUCACGUGAACAACAAGAAUAGCCCAUCAAUCCUAAUUUAAACGGGCACAUUAAUCUAAGCAGUCCAUCUGUCCAAAUAGAUAGCCAAACAAGCAGAUGAUAACAAGAUUAUACGUUCAAAUGCAGAAAGGGGAGUAAGAUAUUCAGAUCUUUGAGUAAUGGAUGGUGAGCAUUUUAUCUUUCUCUUUCUCUUUUCGUUCUGAAGGUCUUGGGACGGAAACCAGAACUUCGUGAGGGUGAUGAUAACGAUGAUGAGGCUGCUGAUAUUACCAACAGGAAAAGUGCCAAACUCUACAUGGUAUGAGCAGAAUCGCCAACUUACUACAGGGCUGUUUCUGAACAGAACCCUGUUUCAACUUUCGAAGUCAUGACAAUAUGUGUUUGUUUGUUUUUUAAUUACUUGAAUGCAGAUUUGUAGCUGAUCUAAAUGUGAAUGUCCUGCAUCCUUAGGUAUCAGACGCCAGUGGAUCCAUGAAGGUUUCGAUUGUUGCAGAGGAGAAUCCUUUCUUGAGGGCAAUGCUUUUGUCUGAAGAGUGCUUUAUACUGGAUCACGGAGUAGCUAGGAAGAUAUUUGUGUGGAAAGGUAUGUGGCAAAUCUCUUUGCUUCUCUUUUAACAUUACAAUAUUAUAAUUUACUAUUAUAAUCAACAAAGGCUUCUGGGAGUUUCGCUCUCCUUUUGCCAUUGUAAUUUUUCCUUCUGCUUUGUUUUAACAAGGUAAAAAUGCUAAUCCAAGUGAGAGAAAAGCAGCCAUGAAAUCGGCUGAAGAAUUCAUUCAGCAAAUGAAUUAUCCUGCCAACACUCAGGUAUACCUAUGCAAGGAACAACCGUACUUUCUGUUUUUUCUCAAGUAAACCCCCACAGGUGACUAAGGUCACUUCCAGAUGACCUGUUUGUCUGUUGUUCAUCCUAAUUUGUUUCCAGGGAGGCUAGAUGAUGUUGCUUCAAUUGAUACCUCACAUUUUGGGGUGCAUUUUCCUGCCACUUUUCUUGUUGCAAAAGGUGUGGUUUUGCAGGGGUAGGUGGGGAGCAUUUUUGUUGUGUGAGAGCACCAAUUCAAAUUGAAUUGUGCAACCUGAAUUUGCUGGUAUGUGGAUAAAUCACACCAGAAAACAGUGGCAGUCUGAAACUACCCUUAGUAUAGUUUAUAUAAGGCCAGCCACUGGUAUUAUUAUUAUUAUUUAUUUAUAUAUCGCCCUAUACCCGGAGGUCUCAGGGUGGUUCACAUAAAAGGAUCACAGUAUAUAAAAUUAAAAUAAAAGCAAUAACCCAAUAAUGCCCCCCAAAAGAGCUACAUUUUAAAAGGGUAUGGGAUGUUGAUCAGGUCAACCGAAGGCCUGGUUAAAAAGGAAUGUUUUUGUCUGGCACCUAAAGGUGUGUAAUGAAGGCACCAGGUGAACUUCCUUGGGGAGAGCAUUCCACAGAUGGGGAGCCACUGCAGAGAAGGCCUGUUCUUGUGUUGCCACCCUCCAGACCUCUCAAGGAGGAGGCACACGAAGAAGGGCCUCAGAAGAUUAUCUCAGUGUCUGGGUAGGCUCAUAUGGAUAGAGGUGGUCCUUGAGGAAUAGUGGUCCUGAGCUAUUUAAGGCUUUAUAGGUCAAAAUCGGCACUUUGAAUUGGGCCCAGAAACUAAUUGGUAGCCAGUGUAGUCUGACCAGGAUCAGUGUAAUAUGCUCAAACUGUCUUGCUCGGGUGAGCAACCUGGUAUAGGGGGCUGAGGUAGCAAUGAUGAGGCCAGUCUAGGAACAAUCUCACUUAAAAUUUCAAAUACACUCCCCCUUCUGAUAUGGCAGCAUGUUAAGGAAAUAUACCAUUGCGAAAAGUGGCAAAACUAUAAACUGGGGAUGGGGAACCUGCAGCACUCCAGAAGUUGCAGGACUGUCAUCACCCUUAAUCACUGGCCAUACUUGUCAGCCCUUGCUCCUGCCUGGUAUAUAUUUAGAGAUUGGAUUAACUGGCGACUGCUUCUCUUCUCCCAUACAUUAGCACACAGCGGUACACUAGAAAAGAAGGAGAGCUGUCAGUUAUAGGCUUUCCAACCCUUUGCUUCUUGGUUUCAGAUUCAGGUUCUUCCAGAAGGAGGUGAAACACCGAUCUUCAAGCAGUUCUUUAGAGACUGGAAAGAUAAGGAUCAAAGCGAUGGCUUUGGAAAAGUGUACGUCACAGAGAGAGUGGCGAGGAUUGAGCAGGUUGAGUUUGACGCUACCAAGUUGCACGAGUCUCCGCAGAUGGCAGCCCAGCACAACAUGGUGGACGAUGGCUCUGGGAAAGUGGAGGUAUUUAUUGACAUCUAGCUCCUGGAUUUCUCUUUUAGCUGCUGUUCUGCUUUACGGUCGAAGUUUUGCAGUACAGUCAUACGCCUUGGUACUUGGACAUUUUGGCUCCCGAAUGCUGCAAACCCGGAAGUGAGUGUUCCGGUUUGCAAACGUUCUUUGGAACCCGAACGUCCAACAGGGCUUCCGCGGCUUCUGAUUGGCUGCAGGAGCUUCCUGCAGCCCGUUGGAAGCCGCGCUUUGGUUUCCGAAUGUUUUGGAAGUCGAACAGACUUCCGGAACGGAUUCCGUUUGACUUCCAAGGUACGAAUGUACUUUGUACCUAUUUUCCCCAUUCCCAUACAAAUACAUCUAGUACAUGGUUUUAUGGGGGGUGGGGACUAGAUUGUAUAUGUGACAUACAAUUGAGUCUGAGAAUUACCUGGAAUCAGAACCCUGUAAAUGGAGGAAGGGCUCCUCUGAAUGCAGAAUCCGCUGCAGGUGUGGAGAGGUUCUGUUCUGAAUUCUGCUUUUAGCAUUGUUACAAAAGUUGGGUGCCUCCCCCCAAUCUUUGCCAAGCAGUAGCAAGAGUCCAGGGCGCUCCAGGCACUCACUUCAGGGUCUGUGCUCAAUCAAGACACAGAGGCGUAUGUCAUAGCUUUAAGAAAUAUGCUUUGUUCACCUGUUUACACCUUCAGUUUGCAUGGGGGGGGGAGUCCAGAUCCUACAGCAUGGUCAUUUCAAGACAGGCUUGGACCCCACAUCAAUGCAGCCCUGGAGCCCAAGGCCUCUCUCCCAGCAGGCCUGCAGCCAGCCUGCCCAAGAUGGAUCCCAGUCUCUCUUCUUCCUCCUCCUACACAGCAACCUUUGUCAAAGACUCCCUUUCCCUGUCACCUCACAGCAUUCCAAACACCCAGUCUCUGUUCACACCUCAGGGCAAUGGGGAAAGCACAGUUCUCUUCUAUUGCCUGUGGCCUUGUAUUGUUUCUUAAUGGGCCUUGCUCGGCCAGGUCGUUUUGCAUACGCAGCCUAGGAAUUCCUCUGCAGCUGGUAUUUCUCCUUUCAUAUCCCAAAUAAUCAAAAUCCUACCAUUUAUUGAUUUCUAGAGGGUAACCAAAAAUAUAACAGUAUUAUACUGGAGCCUACUAUAUUUACAUUUAGGGGAAUUAAUGUAGCUCAGUGGUAGAGUAUCUGCUUUGCCUGAAGAAGGUCUCAGGUUCAAUCCCUGAUAACGAUAAUUGAUUGUGAUCCCUAAUAGUGAUAGAAUACAUCUCAUGGCCUUUUGGACCUACUGUUUACAUGGGAAUUGAUUGCAGUGCAUGAAAGCUUCAGCUACAAUAAAUCAGAUUAGUGUUUCGGCAGCAACUAACACAGCUAACCAACUCUCUUGAAUCUGUCACCUUAUCAAAAUGCUCUGUUUUGAGAAUUCUGCAAAUGCUCUUCCCCCGUGACAUCUUUCAUGUCUUAGAUUUGGCGCGUCGAAAGCAAUGGCAGAAUCCCUGUGGAACCUCAGAGCUAUGGGCAGUUUUAUGGUGGAGAUUGCUACAUCAUACUCUACACCUAUCCCAAAGGACAGAUAAUCUACACAUGGUAUGUUUAAUGGAAGCCAUGCUGCUUCUUAGCUUACUGUUGUUUUUAUCCUUGAUGCAUUGCAAGGAGCCUCUCUGAAAACCAGUAUCCCCUUUGGCGGCCGCAAGAUGUUUUGGUGCCUGGAGCAAAGGGCAAAAAGAUCCCUCCCCCAUUCCAUAACUGGAAGCUGAUUGGACUGGCAGCUGAAACAUCCUCUCCCCCCACCCCACCCCAGAAUCUGCCACCUGAAGGAGCCACCUCACUCUGCCUGAUAACACUCUGCCUGCAUCAGGCCUUCAGAAUCGGACUGAGUUGUGCUUUAAAUAGCUAAAUCUGCAAUAGGGACACUCCAACUUUGGCCAAUGGGAAGAGCCGUCCUGCCUCAAACCGUGGGGCAUAACCCAGUUCUACAUUCUAGAGCAAAACCUGAAGGGAUUGACCUGAGGAGUUCUUGGAUAAAUGAGUGAUCACCUAAUCCAUGAUCUCUUCAGGUCCCACAUGCUCCAUACUUAAUACUGCCCUAUCAAUAACCUCCCUGAAUCUUUUGGAUGGGGUCGGCUACUAAUUUGGGGGGUAAGCUUUGCAGUUCCGAAGGCAAUUGCAGGUUCUCCCAGCUGGUCACCUCUGCCACUCCCCUGUGCUUUGACUCCUAUAGUCAGGAGCUUCACGUUUCAAAGGGGACUUGCGUUUUAUCUACGUCUUCUCCAUCCACAGGCAAGGAGCUCAUGCCACCCUAGAUGAGUUGACUACUUCAGCGUUCUUGACAGUUCAGCUCGACCGGUCACUAGACGGGCACGCAGUCCAGGUUAGUGCCUUCCUGAUGAACCUGAAAAUAUUGAUGGUGCAAACAGGAGGUCACACAAGCAACUUGAAAGCUACAUUCUAUUUCUUGCAUACAUCAACCUAUUUCUUGCAUCUCAACCUGUGGGUCCCCAGAUAGAUGUUGUUGGACUACAACUCCCAUCAUCCCUGAGCUCUGUCCAUCUGGGGUGAUAGGAGUUGUAGUCCAACAACAUCUGGGGACCCACAGGUUGAGAAAGGCUGGAAGCCCAUGCUCCCUAUUAUCCUCCAAAUGAUUUAAGGGCAACUAUCUGUAAGCGGGAAAGACAAACACACACACCCUGUACUUGUGGGAGCUCCUGUGCCUUUGGAAACCCUAGAAAAGCAGGGUAUAGGAGACUUUGCCAUUGCAGGUUGUGACUUGUGGACACACGGAGGGAGAUUGAGAUGCCCACUUCUGUAUGUUCCCCCUUCAUUGCAUAUUUAGUUAACCCCUAUUCAAAAACAGGAUCACAACUAAGGUUGGUGCGGGAAGAGAAAUUCCAUUAAGUUCCCAUGUAAAGUCGGACCUAAUUUGCACUUUCUGAAACAAUAAUGCAAAGUAAAAUACAGUUAUCCUUCAACGACACACUUCUGCAGCCAAGUAAUAUAAACAAAAAUGCAUUUGCUAGUGUAAAAGGUUAACAUAGCUGCAUAUAUUAGUGAAAAGAACAUGCGGAAAUGCGUUAUAUUAACAGAAGCCGCUUUGCAAAAAUGUGUAUAUUAGGCAAAAUUGCAUACAGAAGGGUGUCAGGAGAAAUCCACAGUGCUGAUGAGUUUUUUAGGAGGGCUUUUUGGAAAAACAAAAUAGCAAACUCAUGUGGAGAACUGAGCUUCACACUGGAAAAAAUGAGAACCUGAGAGAAACCAAAACUGACCUUCCAUCCUUAAUCACAAUACACUUGUGGUGAAACUAUAUUUUUUGUCACUAGAUGGCACUGCAGGCUACAUUACAAUAAAAGGAGGCUCUUGAAAUAUUGUUUAUCUUUGUAAGUAGUCCUGCACCAUAUUUCCCUGGGAGUCUUUGCUGGACCUAUAAAUGAUUGCCUUCUCCGUUGCACAGGCAAUUCUUGGUGUGUGAAGUUGGUUUCAUUUGGCCAACUCCUCCCUUGAUCACACCUGUACAUCCCACUGUCAGAGCAGCCUCAAUUGUAACCACCUGCAAGGAGCGCAGGGCGAAAAAUUGGCUUCCAAGUCCUGCACGGGUUGUGGGGAGAUAGAAGGAAGAACUUCCUGCAGUCUGUGGACAUCUGAACAGUUUCUCUUGAUCUGAACAAUUACCAAGUUGCACUGAGAGGGAACACUGCGCUACAGAAUGUGGACUAAAUUGUGGAGGGCGCCAAUGAGAUUGUGACUGACAUGGAUUAAUGUCUGCCUCUGUGCAGGCUGAAAUGCCUAUUGUGGUGGGUUUGGAGAUUCCAGUCCCUUCCCCCCUUCUCACCUGUGAGGAAGGUGGGUUCCUGAUCUCCUGCCCCUGCUAUCCUGUUCAGCCGCUAGGGCAGAUCUGUUCCUUUUGUGAGCAGUCAGUCCAAACACUCCUGCCCACUCCUGCAGCAUUGAACUAUCUGGUACCUGAGUGGGAGGAUUCAUGGUCCUACUUUUAAAAGACAUCUAAAGGCAGCUUUGUUUAGGGAAGUUUUUAAUGUUUAAACCUGUAUUGUGUUUUUAAUAUUUGAUUGGGAGCCGCCCAGAGUGGCUGGGGAAACCCAGCCAGAUGGGCGGAGUAUAAAUAAUAAAUUAUUAUUAUUAGAUAAUGCACCCCAAAGAUCAAUUGAUAAUGCAUUCCAGGGAUCAGUUCUAAGAAAGAGCUCUUCUCGCUUCCUUCUUUAACGGCAGCCUUCUUGAUAAUCAGCCUGCUUGGUGCAUUUCCAUUCCCAGGUGGCUUUAUGCUCCUUGCCUUUCUCCCGGCUCCAGGCAGGUACACAAACAGGGCGCUGCUUCCUGCUACAUUUAAAUGCAAAUCUCAAAUCUGAACCAAACACACAUGCGCACACCAGAAUGUUAUAUGAGGAAUAUUUAGAUUGCAAUGGCACGCUGCGUUUCUGCUUCCGUGAGAGGCAGGUUUAGAACGCCACGGCUGCACACACACACUGUAGUCACGUCAGCUUGAAUUAUUCAAGAGAAACGUGCCACUCUUCAUUCUUGCCAACUUCCAGCGAAGCAUCUGUUGGCCAGGGCAGGCCAGGGCAGCAGGCAGCCUCGUAAAAAUCUGUUUCUGUGCUGUUCCCUUCAAACGUCGCUGCAGAUCAGAGUCAGCCAAGGAAAGGAGCCCCUGCACUUGUUGAGUUUGUUCAAAGACAAACCGCUCAUUGUUUACAAGGAUGGGACAUCCAAGAAAGGCGGACAGAAGCCUGCUGCUCCAACACGCUUGUUCCAAAUCCGCAGGAACCUAGCAUCCAUCACCAGGAUUGUCGAGGUAAGAAAUAGGCGUUCAGAAACCUGUUCUCCGUGUAGCAAGAUGAAACGGACACCAAAUUCCAGAGCUGGGGACAAGCUAGAUAUGAUGGUAGCAGACAUGUGUGUCUGCAUGCAGAUGUGCCCCAGUCAGGUAGAAAGGUGUGAUAAGACCCUAGCAAGCUGUUUUCUAUUGAGAGAGGUUCAUCUAGCUCACUGCUGAAUACAUUGAUUCCGUAUGUAUGCAAUCAAAGCAGCCCUCCUCUCUGGAUUUUCAAAGCAUGGGGAAUCUCCAGAUUUAGGGAAGAGAUAGGGUGGAGUAGCAGUCGUUGUAGAAGAAUGCCAUAUGAGGUGGGAAUUAAAAUGGGCGUGAGGGGUUCACAAUCCACAUGAAACCAAGGUAUGGACGGGCCCAAGCAGCACCAUUCCAGGGCUUCAGAAAAGAGACAUUCUUGACCCUCUGGAGCAGAUUCAGGGAGUCCUGUUGUGCUACUGGGCAUCCUUGCAAUGUCUUCCAUUUGUGCAACCAUUCAGCUGAAUGGCCCAGUAUACUGAUUUCAGGUCCCACAUAUGAAUGUUUGCUGACUAGGUUGUAUCAUUGCUGCACUGAAACUGGAUUAUAUUGAAGCUCGUAUGUAUUUUUCAGUAUUAUCCAGAUCCAACUUUUAUGAGUCAGUUGAAAGUCUUGCCAAAAGCUCUUUCCUAAGAAGAAGAAGAAGUUGUUGUUGUUGUUGUUGUUGUUAUUUAUUUUGCUGGGUGGGAGUGGAGAUGUGUGUACAUCAAAACCUUCCCUUCACUGCUAGUUUAUUUUUAACAUUGUAAUUAGGACUCUCUCUUUGUGUUGGCCUUUAAGAGCUUGCAUCUUGAGUGGCACCUGUGAAGUCAGAGGGAUUGUUCUGGGCUUAAAUUAAUGUUGCAAACUACAAAAAUGGGAAAGAAAUAAAAAAAGAAGAAGCAGGAGCAUAGCUGUCAACUUACAGAUUUGAAAAUAAGGGACCAGCAGCCUUGAAAAUAAGGGACCAGCAGCCAAAAUAAGGGACCUGCAGCCUCACCUGUUCCAGGCACUCCAGACUUCCUGUCCUCCUGCAGUCUGGUCAAACUCAUGCUGGUAGCUUUGAGAACACUGUCCAACCAACUUUGUAACCAGAGGUUCAACUGAAUAGAAUCUGAAUCACAUGCACCACAAGGCCUAUGCAGCCUCAACUUAAGAUGGCUCCCCGGCCUGGCUUUGCACUGCAAAGUUUGCAGCAGCAUGUGCAACAAAAUGGCGUCCAGCAUUCAAAAACCCCCUCAGCUUGCAUUAACUAGCCACACACAAGGCAUGCAAGCUCCACCCCCCAGUUGUUCUUAGACUUCUUAUUGGGUGAGCAACACAGCCAAACAACACAGUUGGAGCCUCCCUCCUCCCUGGCCGGCAGGGAGGGAGGGAGGGAGAGGAGCUACUUCCUUUGAAAUUUAAGGGACAUCAUUUAAGGGACAUCUAUCAAUAAGGGACAGUAGCGGGACAUGGUGCUGGAACAAGGGACUGUCCCUUCAAAUAAGGGACACUUGACAGCUCUGAGCAGGAGACUGAUGCAAUCUCACUCCUGUCUCAGGUUGAUGCGGAUGCCACUUCGUUGAAUUCCAAUGAUGUUUUUGUUUUGAAACUGCCAAGUAAUGCUGGCUAUACCUGGAUUGGGAAAGGAGCAAGCAGAGAAGAAGAGAAGGGGGCGCAGUAUGUAGCUGGUGUCCUCAAGUGCCAAACCUCAAGGAUUGAAGAAGGCCAGGAACCAGGUGAGCACAACUCUACAAUUCUAGCGUUCUAUUAUUUGAUGCAGGAAAUGUCCACGGUCCUUGACAUUCGGGAAAAUGGCUUCCUAAUAUUACUGGCCGUAUCAGUGGUGUAGCAUGGGUUGCCAGUGCCCAGGGCCAUACAGAGGAGGAGGUGGGUGGGAGGGAAAUGGACGGAGUAUGCACGCACUUUCAACUGCCUAACAGCGUCCACAUCAUCCAGGAGAUCGCAGCUAAAAAAAGAAGAGUCGUUCUGUUGUCUAGAGAGGUCACUUCCUGGUUUCCAUGGAGGAGCCCAGUGAUGGAAACACACAGCUGUAUUGAGGCAGCACCCAGUGUUGAAAUUUUACACCCCUAACAACCUUGUUUCCUCAACACUUGCUCGCAGGGCAUUUCACCAAGGAAGUGUUUUUGUUGUAUCUUCCAGAGCCAUUUUGGAGUGCCCUUGGUGGAAAGAAAGAAUACCAGACAUCAGCACAGUUACUGACUGAGUCCGAAGACCAUCCCCCACGUCUUUAUGGCUGCUCUAAUAAGACCGGCAGGUUUAUAGUAAGUAUAUGGCAGAUAGUUUCUGCUCUGUCCCUUGAUUACUAUGGUCAUUCCAUCUCUGGGUCUUAAAUGAGAUUACUCACAUCCUUUGCAGGGCAAGGAAGAACAUCAUUUGCAGGGCAUAGAGCAAGUUUGUCGUAACAUGGAGGUCUCAGACGUAGGCUGCCUUAUAGUUGAUCAUAUUUCGAAGGAAUGCUGCCCCACCCACUGACAAUCCUGCCAUUCUGUCUUUUAUUUUUCCCCUUUUCAUUUCCUUCUGGCCAGUGUUUUUCUCCUUUUCCACUGAGCCACCUAGCAGUAUAUAUAUUUUUAUUUGUAAUACACUGUGGCUCAAAGGCUUUGUCAAAGAGAGCCAGAAAACCUCUGGAUAUAUAGCUAUGCUAUGUUUGGAGUUCGAUACAUUCCUUUUGCCUUGAGAAAUGUAAUAGGUGUGAAAACAGAAGGGUCCUUUAAGAAUUCUGAGUAUUCAAGCCCAGAAUAAGCAAAGAAGAUAUUGAUUAACUGAGUCAACACUGGUGGAUAAAAAUGUAGGUCACACAAAGGAUCUUCAUGAGGCAUGGAUUAAAACAUUUUUUCCAAGGAAAGCUUUGUUGAAUCUCUCCCUUUCUCUCUUUCGAUACAUACAAACAUACAUACAUACACACAGUGCUGCAUAUACAUACAUAUAAUUUAAAAAAAAACUAGAAGAAACAUUUUCCAGGACCACUUUUCAUAAUACAAACAUUGAUAACCAAUAACAUUAAUUAAAUAAAAAUAAGACAGAGAGAUUCUUAUCUGCUCAUUGCUUCACCUAAAUGUCUAAUAAAUCAUGGCUCCUUGUGUCCAUCAAGUGUAUCUGGACUCUGAAGGAAAGAAGCAACUGACUUAUAGGCUCUACAUACUUGCAUACUAAGCUGGUACUCCAUUGAGAUCUUCCAAUUUUACUAUAUAAUUAAGUCAGAACAAAACACAGGAAGCUUUGAGGAAGAACAUAUUAAUGGAACAAAGUUUGGCUUGAUUAUGAAAACACAUAUUUUCUGCAGUGUAAGAGGGCUUACAUUUUGUUUCAAAGUUGUAUGAGAAGGACUGAAAUAUCCAGUUUAAUUUUAUCGUUUAGCAGCAGUCUAGUUGCUCUGUGUACAAAGGGAGAGGGAGAUGAACUUUUUAGUAGUCACUAUCCUAUUUUCUUUUAUUGGUAGCUUUAUAUUGUAUCGAAUUGUGGCGGCUUACUCAUUAGUCAAGUAACGAGUGCAAUGCAAAUUCCCACACACAUCUGCCCUAAUUUUCUAAAACCCAAUGUUCUGUACCAAAAAAGUGUUUCUCUUUAAAAAAAUAAUCUGCUAAUUGGUUUUAAAAAAUAAAGUAAUGUCACCGGGUGUCUAGUUAAUUUAACAGAUUUACUGCAUUUUAUUCUUUAUUUAAAUCCUUUCUAAACCUGGUUCCUCAGUGCAAGCACAAUAUGUCCAUUGCUUAUUAAAAAUAAAUCAUCAGCAGCCUCAAAUUCACUGCCUGGGUAAGUUUCCAGACAGCUAAAUAACAAGCGCUGCCAUAGGUGUAAUGCCACCUGGAACAUUUGUGUCUUAUGGCUAGUCCUAGAUUCUGAUUGGCCAAGAAGGAUGUAUUCCACAUUAUUUGGUUUGUGAAAAUAUGGGUGCCUCCUGACUGUCACCAUUUUGUAGGAGGAAUUCAAGCACAUACAUCAAUUUAGGUGUGUGCAAUUAAAGUAGAUGAAAGCAUUUUGUUGUGCAACAAAUCCAUUUUUUAAAAAAAGGAACGAAGCCUUUCUGAGGUUUGGAACGUGAUGGGGAAAUGCACUGGAAAGUGUGGGAUGAAGAAAUUAUUAAUGGAAAGCCAUAUGGACACCCCACCAGCAAAUUAGGAUGAGUGCUCACUGCCGUAUAACCACUGUAUAAUCAGAGUAAAUGCUCAAUAAAGACAAGAUAUAAUCUAACCCUUGACACUUUGGCCUCCCCCCUUGCUGCAGCUGGUCCUGAACGCCUGACUGCAUUAUCUUGACUGUGACUCAGUCUCUAACUGUUCUGGCCGUGAUUUCUCCCUUUCAACCUCCCGCACUCCAACCUAUACUGUCCAUUGCUUGCAAUUUUGACCCCCAAUCUUCAGCAACUCUUAAAUAGCUUCUGCCACUUCCAGCAUAAGAUGGACUCUACCUCAACAUCCAAUCAUAAAUCAGAGAACAUUGUAGACUAGUCUGUGCUAUUUUGUAUACAGGAACGUAUGUCGCCAAGUGUUGUUGUCGUUUAAAAAUAUAGAUUGAGGAGGUUCCUGGAGAAUUCACUCAGGAGGACUUGGCUGAAGAUGACGUCAUGCUGCUAGAUACCUGGGAUCAGGUAAGGCACAUGUUAUUAACGGAGCUGUGUGGGACAAAAGAGACAUACAAUCUGGUUUACACCUAUAGCAGCAUUAAGUGGAAGGACAUGUAAGAUGAAUGGACUGUACCACUUCAGGUUGCAGAUGGAGUAAUCACAUCUUCAAAGCCUGAUCCCAUUAAAGAUACCUGCAAAUAGAAAACUGACACAGCAGGCUGGUUUGUAAUGCCAGCUUUUUAUGUGCAGGGAGCUGUGCUUCUGUUUUUUUGUUUUUGUUUUCCCUUCAAAAGUGGCAACCCCUAUUUCUAGUCUGAAAUGGUAUAGUCUAUCCCUUGCUCAUUCUGUAGCCAUGGUCUUACUCAGGGGUAGGCAACCUAAGGCCCGUGGGCCAGAUGCGGCCCAUUUGCCUUCUCAAUCUGGCCCGCAGACGGUCCUGGAAUCAUCGUGUUUUUACAUGAGCAGAAUGUGUCCUUUUAUUUAAAAUGCAUCUCUGGGUUAUUUGUGGGGCCUGCCUGGUGUUUUUACAUGAGUAGAAUGUGUGCUUUUAUUUAAAAUGCAUCUCUGGGUUAUUUGUGGGGCAUAGGAAUCCAAUUAUUCCCCCCCCCAAAAAAAUAGUCCGGCCCACCACAUGGUCUGAGGGACGGUGGACCGGCCCACGGCUGAAAAAGGUUGCUGACCCCUGGUCUAACUGAAUUGUUGUGUAAAGCAGUUCAAAGAAUGAUAAAAGAAAAUCUUGGGAUGUGCUGUGAAGGAAAUGAACGGCACACAGAACUCCACAGAAGUGAAGUUAAAGGAGGAGAUGUGGGGGGAGGGAAAGACCUCUAUUUUAAAACAAGCAGUUGUAAAAGAUGUUUAUUUGAAUGUAUUUGAGAAAUGACUAUAUUUGCCAGAAGAAUGUCCUAGAUUCUUGGCUUUCUUGGGGCCCAUUUCAACAUGACAUUUGGCAUCUCUGGCUUGGCUAUUGAGCAAUUCCCUUGAAAACAUGUUUAAAUGAGUCAUUCACACCACUUUUUCAGAGAUGACCUGGAGAACUUAGCAGAUGCUCUGCCAAAAGUAAAAAGAUGACUAUUUAUAUAUUUAUGUAUCUGAGAAUCCACCCAAACCAGAAAACAAGUCAGUUGAACGUAAGACAUAUCUUUAAUUAAGGAACAUGAUAUUCAGCACAAAUGGUCUUCAUAUACAAUUUUUUUAUAGUAGCUGACUGUCUUCUGUUUCAUAACAGCUAUCCCAACUCUCCUAAAUAUGCAAUUUAAUAUCUCUCUCAUCUCAUUUCCUCCUCUCUCUCCCUCACAACCACACUCUCCAACUCUCAUUUCUCAGCUGGCACAUGCUAGCAGUCAGUCCCAACUCCAUUCCCUCCCUUACUGUCAAUCAUUCUUCCGCUAGUUCUUCUGUCACAGUUUAUUUAGCUGCCCAUCAAUAAAUAUUCCCUGGGCAGAGUGCAAGCAAAAUAAUGCUAAAAAUUGCAAUAUAUCAUAAUUAAAACCAGCAAAAAACUGCUGAAAAGAUAACAGAAACCUGCCAUUACCCAGAGGAAGUAUAAAACAGCUUGAAUUCAAAACACAAUUAAAAGAUCUGGGUGAAUAAAAAAAGGUCUUUGCCUGGUGUUCAAAAGACCAUAGAGAUGGUGCCAGACAAGCUUCUCUGGGAAAGGUAUUCCCUAGCCAGGGUUCUACUAGCAACCCCCCAAAAAACUCUGUUUCCUAGACACCCACCUCCCUUCACUUGGCGAGGUCGCCCACAGUGCAUGCAGCCUCUUAGGAGCAUCUUAAGGGUUGGGGCAUGGGUAUCCGAAGGAAUUUUUCUGGGAAAAGGGACAAGUAAACACUCCAAACCAACCAACAAAUAUGCAUCCAUAACUGAAAAGUGGGAGCAGGCAAGCUCCUUGCUAAAUAAAUGAGGAGAAGAGUGCCUGCACAUUUUGUCAUGUAUCUCGUGCUCUACAGAUACUAAAAACUUGCUCUUUCAAAAUAAAUCAAAGAAAACUGGGAAUCUGGGGAUUGUGCUUCAUCUGGGGGGAAGGAGCCAACAGCCUCCCCCCCCCGGAAGCCCAUGGUUUGGGGAAGCAUAUGCGGGAGGGGGCAAUUUUCUUUUCUUUUCUUUCAAAACAGUAGCAGUUAAUUGCACAUUUAUUCAAAAUCCAAUUAAAGUUACAUAGUUUAAUUAAUUUGACAAAACUGAUGAACUUGAUCUAGUGAUAGAUGCUUUUCAAAGCCUGAUGAUCAUUUAUACCUCCAGCCCCCCAUCACCCCCUGACACCCCCCUGGGGAAUCCCAGGGGGUGGUACCAACCACUCUGGGAAGCACUGGGCUAAACCAUCUCAUUUCUUCUGCCUUUUUGUCCAGUUUCAGACUCUUUUCUCUCUUCCUUUCUGUGGGAAAGAGAAAUUAAGGAGAAGCAGAAACCAACAGGAGGCAAAAGGAGGGGGCAAUUUUCCAGGCUAUUUAUUAUAUUUACAUCCCACCUUUCCUCCAAGGAGCUCAAUGUGCACAAAAGCAAUGGACAAAACUGGGGGGGAUAUAAAGGUAUUUGCCUUGCAUCAAAAUGACAUCAAAGUAGGCAUCAGGCAAGCCACACUGGGAAGAGCAUGCCACAAUUGGAGUGUCACCACCAAGCAGGCCCUGUCCCAUGAAGCCACCUGCCACAUCUCUGAUGAUGUGGACACUGAAAGAAGAGCCUUUGUUGUCCUAAGGGGUGCAAAUGGCUUGAAGGAGAGGAGGACAGAUUAAUGUUGGACUUCUACAACCUUUUGCCAUCUAGAUGUUUUGUGCUGCAACUCCCAUCAUCCCUGAUCACUGCCAUGCUGGGUGGGCUGAGUCCAAAACAUUUAGAGGGCACCAGAUUGGGGAAGACUGGGAAAAGUUGAUGGCCAAUAGAGAAAUGAGGUGGAAAUAAGACUACAUGCAGCCUGAAAGAAAUUUUCAAGACCAUGGGACUGCAAACCCACAGAGGUGGGCAAAUCAUGGAGCUGAAUUUUAAAUAUUGACUAGAAAUCAUCCCUGUCUUUGAAUGCUGGUCAUUAGUAUUUUAUGUACAGGUCAAACUGUGGCGAAACAUCAAAUUUAUACCACUUUGUUGAAGCAGUCUCUUUCUUCAUCACAUCCUAGAUAUUUCUCUGGAUUGGUAAGGAUGCAAAUGAAACGGAACGCACUGAAUCAGUUAAAUCAGGUAAGCUAUGAUUAAAAUUGAUGCAGUCUUUUUUAGAUGAAUGAAAUGGGAUAUUUGAAGAGCUUCUCCCAAGUUAUUUAUACUAAUCAGACAAGGUAGUCAGAGGUAACCCCAGUAGAGGCGGGCCUAUUUGGGCAGAUGUGGUAUUGCCUCAGUCAGCCCUCAGUUUGCCCCCCUACUUUCUGCCAAUCCAGAUCCCAGACAGGCCCAUUGACGGGGCUCUUGGGAGAGGCAAAGGCCAUUUUCCCAAGGUGGCGCUGGCUGUCAGUCUCCUCCUCAGUCUCCGUGUUGCCCAUGUAGAAAUCCUCAGGGAGGAUAAUGGGGCAAAGGUAGAAUUCUUUGGCUCUUCCUGUGACUGCCCCGUCUCCAUGUUCUGUUGGCCUUCUGAAGUUCUGCCCUACCAGCCCCACUGGGUGCCAGCCACUACUGCUGACCCAGAAUACUUUGGGCCUGGUCCCACAUUACCUUUGGGGCAUAGUGAUAGCCUCUGUCCAUAUACGACAUCUUCAUUUGUGUAUGAGUUAUUACACCACUACUUUUCUUGUUGACCUGCUAGUGAAAACCCUGGAGAAUUGUAGGUUUAGCUGGUGUGUGUUUGUGAUUAACCCUGCAUUUGGGAACGUGGCUUAUUUCCCCCCCAAUGUAUCAUUUGAUGGACCUCUUCAUAUGACCUCUGCAUGAUAGUCACUUAAAACUGUAUCCUUGUACAACAGAAAUGGCAACAUUUUAAAUCCACAAAAUUCAUCAAAGCAGUUAUGAAACAGAAAUCCCCCCCCCAACUCUCCCUUUUUCUCUGUCUCGUUUAAAUGAGCAUUAUUCACUUUGAUAAGGAAUAUUUGGGGACGCUGUUGUGAGAAAAGCCAAAUUUGAUCUUAACAUCUCAGCUUACUAAGCUGAGAUAAGAAUUUCCAUGCAUGCAUCCUCUUCGCAAAAGUGAACAGGCCAAAGUCUUCAAUUAACUGUAGUUUUCCAUUUCAUCUGAACCAGGAAACUAUGGUUAUUGGCUUUAUAACAAGCCAGGUUGUGAACCCAUGGUUCAAAGUUAUCUUAAUAUCUUUGCUUGUUCCAAAGACACAAUUAACCAUGUUUGGAUAAAACUGGGAAACUAUAGUUUACUGAACAGUUUCUGGUUUGUUUGUUUGUUCCACAAAAAGGAAGAGCAAAGAAGCUGCACGCACAUCCAGAAACCUCAAUUUGCAUCUUGGCUUAUUAAGAUCCAUGUCCUGUGUGCAUUUGAUUGCCCAAAGCCCAAUGGGUGCCCUAGGUGGUCUAUGUGGGGGGGGGGGGAUCAUUAAGACAAUGCAAUGUGUAUCUCACAUGAGACAGACUGUAGCCCUCAAUAGUCCUUGCAGUAUAAAAGCUCACACAUUCCCCAUUUGUUUUAAUAAUAGGCAUUUUGCUGAUUAUUAAAAUGCCUGCAGGACUCAGAUCUUUUGUAUGGACAGGAUCUGUUUUGCAUUUUUAAAAUGUGUACCUAUUAAAUUUCCAGAUGGCUCUGUAGCACAAAGCUCUUAGUGGUUUACAAACAAGAUUACAAUAAGACAAACAAUGAAAUCAAAGCGAACAACACAAACCCAAAUAACAUUAUCCAGCUCAAAAUGAAAUCAAUAAACUCAUUCAUUUGGAAAAGUUGCGGAAGUUAGUUGAAAGAUAAGAGAAUGCUGAUGUGGGCGUUGAAGAGCAGGAGGCCUUCACAGAUGCUUCUGCAUUUUGAAAAAUGUCUGAAUGAACCCUACAACUCAAGGGAUGGAGUGAUCCUUCGGCACCUAAUCAAUGGAGCUUGCAACAGGGUUUUAGAUAGUACUAUAGGUCAAUUGCAGUACAAUCCUAUGCAUCUUCACUUGGAAGUAAGUCCCAAUUAAUUUAAUUGGAUUUAUUCCCAGUAACUAUGCAUAGGAUUGUGGAGUCAGAAACAGAAUAAUGGCCAAGAGGAUUGGCUUACAUAUCCAUAUGAGAAGAUUCAGUGAUCCCAGUUUGGUCUAAAACUGUGGUUCCCAACGUGGGGGCACGCUCUCUGCAGGGGGGCAAUUUAAUUUUUAAGGGUGGAAUUCGAGAAUGAGUUAUUAACAGUUAAUGGCCUUUUAGGCUUCCUCCACAUGAAUAGGAGUUCACUUUUUGAAUAAUAAGAAUAUGUCACGGGAGGAUUUUAGAGAUGCUUAGGUGGGGCAUGGCCCAAAAAAGGUUGGGAACCACUGGUUUAGAACCUAGAAGUGAAGGAAGCAGUGCCAGGAAAAUGGCUACCCCGGCAUGGACUUACCACUUGCACUGAUUUUUCUAUUCCUCUGAUCUAUGAUGCAGGCUACAGAUCAGGGCAGGGGCAGGCUAGGUGUGGUUUUCAGCGACUGUGCACUGAACCAACAUACUGGAGCCAGGGUAGGAUGUGGAGGGCAGGAAAAACUAUAUGGACAUAUCUUUCCACCGAGGGCAAGGCCACUCCACACACACACACACACACACACACACACACACACACACACACGUGAAAAGAGGUGCACAGAGAACAGCCUGUCUGUUGCAGUGAACAAAGAAGAGAGUUUGGGAUUGCGGGUGGUGAUCUGUGUUUGAGCUGUAAUGUUCAAGUUACUUCCCUCCUCACUGAUAAAGUAACAGAUUACUAUCUUGCAUAUUCAUGUGUUUCAGCCAAACGCUACAUUGAGACUGAUCCUUCUGGGCGAGAUAAAGGGACUCCACUUGUUAUUGUGAAGCAAGGUUACGAACCCCCCACAUUCACAGGCUGGUUCUUGGGCUGGGAUUACAACAAAUGGAAAAACUGAAGCUUCAACUGCAGAAGAGAUAUCCCAGGACAGCCAUUCUCUGGCAGCUUUAAGCAUGUGUUUGCAAAUCACUGUAUAUGUUGCUGGUUUUGUGGUCCAUGUGCCAGUUUGUGUGUGUGUGUGUGUGUGUGUGUGUGUGUGUGUACAGCACAGAGGUUGCCAAUAUUUUUCUAAACUGGAAAAACUGUGGUCACAACACACACGAGAGUGAAGGACCUGCCAGCUUUGGUUCUCUCAGUUUCUCAUUUUUGAAUUCUGUUCUCCACAUUUCUGCAGCAACUUGCAAUUAAAAAAAAGAGAUCCUCGUGAAAAUUCUUAAGUGUUUUCUUAAGAAUUUAUCACAAUAAACACAUUUUUGUAUGCAGUUUUGACCAAUGUAUACAUUUUUGCAAGCAUUUUCUUCUAAUAUAAUGCGUUUUUGCAUGCUAUUUUCACUAAUAAUGUUACAUUUUAUGCCCAUUUCUCCCCAAUAUGCCGUAUGCAUUUUUGUAAACAUUUGUUGGGGAACCGCAUCACAACAUUUGGAUACAUGCAUGGCUGUGUUUUGGUUCUCAUAUUGUUUUGGAGAGUGCAAAUUUGACCAAUUGAGCUUUAAAUGUAAAGUGAAUAAAAUUUCUCCCCCAUCCCUACUACACACACACAGCUCAACCUAUUAUUUUGGCUGGCUACAAUACAAUGCUUCUUUCAAGCCUAAUUUCAGUGAGAAGUGAGGUGGGGAGGAAUGGGGCCCUAUAAGCACCGGGAAAAGCCUGCGUAGGUACCUGCAGGUGCCACAUUGGUGACCCCCGGUAUAAUAAUAUGCAUACAUUCUCUAAACAUGUUCCCGGAUGCAACUGGAAAUGCCCCUUCUCCAGUUCCAAGUCUGUGCAUAACUCCCCCAAAUCCAAGGCUUAAUUCUGUUUUGAAAAGGAUCAAUAGAACGCCCGCUGCAUAGCAUUCCAUUGUGCCGGUGGCUUGGCUUGUUAUGCAAUUGAGUGCGGGUCUCUGUUAGGAAUAGCGAUGGGUGAGUUACACUCAGCUCAGACCUAGCUUGGUAAUCAUGACUUCUCAGUGAGCAUUCAGAAGCUCGCCUGAUUUCUCAGAGCUCUCGCCUAGCUCAUAAUGCUGGUGUGGUCUGUUUAGAUUGCUUUCGCUUUAGUUAUUGUUGACACUGUAUUUUUCAGUGAGUUUUCAUUGUCCCCUCAAAAUGUCUCCUAUUUUUCGUUCAAAUACUGGAUGCUAAUUCUACCUUCUCUCUCAAAAGUUUAAGGCUCCAGGGGACUGUAAUAGUAAUAUUUUUUUUACAGUCCCUGCACUUCCUGACAUAGGAGCCAACUCCUAGGGGCUGAGGUCACUCCACCCUCCCAAUAAAAUAUUUGAGGGGGCUGCGCCACCAAAGUUGAUGGGCGUUGCCAUUCAAGGGAGCUAUAUCAUCCCUGAACUUGUUUGACCAAUUCCCUGAUCCCAGUGAGCCAAAGCUUAAGCACAGAGUGUUUGUAGUGUCUCUAUAUUUGAGUUCUCCUCUUAGCCCAUGUAACUGGUAAGAGCCACAGCCUAGAGGGAAAUACUCAAGCUAUUUCCAGCUGUGCUCCUUUGCUGAAAACUCUAUUUGUUCCUCUUUCUGUGCGAAAAUUGUGGUCUAAACACAUUUCAGCAAAGCUUGGUUCCUCGCCAUGCUGCUGUUUUGGGGUUACCACCCUUUUCACGUGAUUGCAGGAUUGUGCGGAGGUUUGUGGCCUGCCAAAAAACCCCACACAUUGGGACCAGCUCUUCCUCUACCACCUCUCCAGAUCAAUCUGCAUAAUCCAUACCAUGGCGUGUUAUAUGAGUAGAGACAAAAAGUGAGCAAGAUGCCUGCAGAACUGGAAACGAACGUAGGAAUAAAAUGUGUGUCAAAUAGUUCUCAUGAAGUAGCUGUAAAGAAUGGAUGAGCAAAUGAAUGCCACACCAUAGAGUGUGAAUGAAGAUCACAGUGGAUUCACAUUGCUCUUUGGAGGCAUGUGUGGCUCCUGAUUUAGCAAGAAACCCGCAUGCAGAGGCCUGCUUCUUCAUAAAGCGCUCCUUUUCUGGACCUGAGCAUCUAUGUGCUAAGUCAUAUUUUGAUACAUUGCUAUUUUUUUAAGUAUAUAUUUCAAAGAAGCAAAUACAUUACAAAAAAGUGGCAGCCAUGAUUAUAAUUUUUCUAAAUUAUGCACUUUUACAAAAAAAUUAAACACAUUUAUAGAUGUAUGAAUUCAAUAAAUAAAUGCUUUCCAGUCCUGAACAAUCU